CUGUAAUAUAGGAGGAGGCGUUUGCUCAAAGAACCGGAGAUCUGGCAACCCAGCAGAGUCAAUGCACCUUGAGCUUUAGUGGUAAUAAUAACCUGCUUUUCCCCCUUCAUCACCAGCAGGGUUAUAGAGCUCCAGCAAGGAGAAAGAAAGGGAGCGACAGUUAUAUACCAGCUAUGCCGUGUAGAUAGAAGCUGCGUGACUGAAAAGCGCAGAAAUGAGCGACGCGAAAGGGCCCGCAACACGCAGGAGGAGGACCACCACCUCCGGUAGUGGAGGAGCGGGCAGCGUGAAACAAGCCAACGGCACCAAGGUGCAGGAUGCAGGGGGGAAACCUCCUGUGGGUUCUGCUGCAGCCAAACCAGCGGCUUUCAAGCAGCGCAGCAAUGGGAAUGUGGACAGAGAGGAGUCAGGGAGAAAACAGGAGCCUCAGUCCAGGAGCAGCCAGAGGAGUGCUGUGGAAGACAUCAACGACCAACUCAGCUGCCACAUUCUUCAGGAAUCUCUCCUGAGCUCAGCCAGCGGCUAUAGCAACUACAGAGGAAUCCUUAACUGGUGUGUCGUCAUGCUGGUGCUUAGUAACGCGCGACUCUUCUUGGAGAACAUUAUCAAAUAUGGCAUUCUAGUAGAUCCGAUCCAAGUAGUGUCUCUUUUCUUAAAGGACCCUUAUAGCUGGCCAGCAGCCUGCCUAAUAAUUGGGUCCAACCUGUUCAUCCUGACAAGCUUAUAUGUAGAGAGGCGUCUGGCGGUGGGUACGAUCUCUGAAACUACAGGAUGGAUUCUCCACAUGUUCAACCUUGUAUGCAUGUUGAUUUUCUCCUCUGCCAUAGUCCUCACUGUGACCUCCAUGACCCCAGUGGGUGGGGUGUUUUCUCUAGGAAUCUACACAGUGCUGUUUCUCAAGCUUUACUCUUAUCAGGACGCCAACAGGUGGUGCAGAGAAAUCAGACAAGCCAAAGCUAAAAGACUAACACGAUCAUAUUCAUGUCCAGAUGUUCAACAAUCAAAUGGCUCAGCAGUUCAUUCUCUUGUCCCCUACCCAGGGAACCUGACACACAGAGACAUGUACUACUUUGUGUUUGCUCCAACUCUUUGCUACCAGCUCAACUUCCCACGAUCUCCACGAAUACGAAAACGGUUCCUUAUAAGAAGGCUUUUUGAAAUGCUUUUUCUUAUGCAGCUGUUGGUGGGAUUAAUACAACAGUGGAUGGUUCCCACUAUUCAAAACUCAAUGAAACCAUUCCGGGAAAUGGACUUUUCUCGGAUGGUGGAGCGAAUGCUCAAAUUAGCUGUCCCUAACCAUCUAAUAUGGUUAAUUUUCUUUUACUGGUUUUUCCACUCUUCUAUGAAUUUUGUGGCAGAGCUGCUGCAGUUUGGAGACAGGGAGUUCUACAGGGACUGGUGGAACUCUGAGACUGUAACGUAUUUCUGGGCUAACUGGAAUAUCCCCGUCCACAAAUGGUGUCUAAGACAUUUCUAUAAGCCAAUGCUGAAAAGAGGGACCAACAAGUUUCUGGCCCAAACUGCUGUCUUCUUAGUUUCUGCCUUCUUCCAUGAGUACCUGGUCAGUGUUCCCCUGAAGAUGUUCAGACUUUGGGCCUUUAUGGGAAUGAUGGCUCAGGUUCCCCUGGCUUGGUUUGUGGGUCGCUACCUGAACGGAAACUAUGGCAAUGCGGCGGUCUGGCUCUCGCUCAUCAUUGGACAGCCCAUCGCUGUGCUGAUGUAUUUUCAUGACUACUAUGUUACUCAUCAUGUAAGCACGAAAUAGAAACGGACGAAGGAAAAAAACUGAAAUGAGCCAAAA